GACCGGUCCUUGUUGUUUUGUGUCAGCACUGCACAAUGACUUUUCGUUUACAUAUAACAACUAAUUACCUCCACCACAUCACAUCUCGCCUGGGAACUCUCGACUGUCCCCUUACUAGCAUUUUUUGCUGAAUCUCAUAGGUUAAAGGACUGUCAAAUGUAACGUCUGGUGUUGUUUUAUUUCUUUGUUUUGUUUUAUUCUUUUCCUAAAAACCGCAAGAGUCCGGAUACAUUUUAGGACGUUGACGAUAAUGGGCUUAUGCAGCUAGUCUUUAUAAUGUCUUUACAUGUCAAAUCUAAUUGCAUCUGCAUAUUCUGAGCGCUUUCUGUUCCCCUUUGCUUAAUCUGUGCACUGAUUGUACGCUCUUGAAUGAUAUAAAGCACGUCAUUAAUGUAGGUCAGUGGUACAGAUCAGGUCAAACUAAAGCAGCCUACACCGAGUUAGUCCUGAGGAGAGCUGAUGUGGAGCAGUGUUUCGGCCCUGCCUCCCUCUUUUACAUACAUUACACACAGCAGUCCUACCUGAGAUUAUUAUCCACCUCCUGUCUCCUGCACAACACCUGUGAGGGAAAGGCGAGACGUGGAUUUACGCGAUGAACUAAGAAAAUAUUUAAGGUAUCGCAUCAUGUCAAAAUCGUCAGAUCAGUUUGACAAUUCAGACUGCGUGUGUUCGUUCGGAAUGAAGCUGACGUGGGACAUUAACGACCCUAAACUUCCACAGGACACAAAGCAGUAUGAUGCAUUUCAGGAGUGGACAGAUGGUUAUGUUCGAUACAUAUACAGUGCGGAGGACAAAAACGCACAGCGCCAUUUGAGCGGCUGGGCUAUGCGCAACACCAACAACCACAACUGUCAAAUCUUAAAAAAAUCCUGCUUGGGUGUCGUGGUUUGCUCAAGAAACUGCACACUGGCAGACGGCACCAAACUCCAACUGCGGCCUGCCAUUUGUGACAAAGCCCGACAGAAGCAGCAAAAAAAACUUUGUCCCAACUGCAGCUCGGCUCUAGAGCUGGUUCCGUGUCGUGGACAUAGCGGUUAUCCCGUCACCAAUUUCUGGAGAGUGGACGGCAAAGCCAUAUUUUUCCAGGCUAAAGGCGUUCAUGACCAUCCGCGACCUGAGAGUAAGUCGGAAACUGAGGCGAGAAGAAGCGCAGUGAAAAGAAGGAUGGCUUCCCCUCACUUCUCGCAGAAAAGAAGACUUGUAGAACCAGAGCCUGGCCGCUACCACGAUAUGCCCUUCCCCAACAUCCACCAGCUCACCAUGGAGACCCCUGAUCGUUUCAGCAUUAUUGCUGAAUCCAAUUUCCCCAUCCAGACACAGCACUACACACCAUUCCAAAACACGGAGCCUUACAAGUUCCCCUAUGACACACAUGCUCCAGCAGCCAUGGCUGAUGCUGCAAGCCCUCUGCAGAAACCUUCUAACCACCGCCUGUACAUGGCAAGACCCCCAUGUGGAUAUGACUUUGCAGUGCCAGGCUACCUUAGUUCUGCACCCUAUCCCACAGCACUCUAUAAGGACCCUGCCAGCCCUCACAGUGAGGCUGAACUCAAUAAAAGUUGUUCUGGCCUGAGUGGGAUGCCUAACACAACCAGCUCACUCCCAAACCAUGAGCGUUCUUAUCCAGAUGCCACCAACAAGCACCAUAGCUGGAAGCAGAUCCUGGGCAAAGGGCCAUAUGGAGAAAGGGGGGAAUACCCACAGCUUUCUGCAAACGCCAACCAUUAUUACAACACUGAAUACCCAUGCAGGUACACAGGACCCACUCCAACUACUCCGACAGCCCUUCAGACCAUCAUAACCACCACCACUAAAGUGUCCUACCAGCCCUGUCCUAAACCAUCUGUGGUAAAAUAUGGUGAGAGUAUCUAUGACAUGAAGGGUCUGUCAAACUGUAACUCUCUCAUAGAGGAGACCUCCCCCAACUCCUACUCUGAAUUGAAGAUCCCAGAGGAUUCAAGUGUCAUAAAAACAGCUCUGUCCUACCAUGAUUCAGUCCCCACAAAAAUUGAAAGAACUGAGAACUUUGAAGGCUACCGUUACAGCAGCUACAGCUCCAACGGCUGCCCCGAGAGACUGGCACAUCCAUACAGGUAUGAAGGCGGAGAGUACUGAUCUACUGCUUCAGGGCUAAUUAUCAGGAGACAAGAAGAGGAGAAAAAAAGGCUAAAUUGCUGAUGAUUUUUGAUUAAGCCAAAUAAUAUCUGCGUAAAAUGACCAUAAUACAUUUGUUCAGUGUACAUAUGCAUAGCUAUUUAUGAAUGGUAUUCAAACUUUUAGCUGAAAAUAUAUUUGUGUAGUUACCUCAUUUGAUCAAAUUUGCAACACAAAACAUUUCAUUAUACUGCUGAUUUAGCCAGAACAAUGGAUUAUGUUAAAUGUUGAAUAAAAAUGUAUUUUGUAUGUUGGUAAAUUACGAAGAGAGGUCUAAUGAAAUCAAAUGUUUUUGAUGUUAUAAAAAAGUCAAAAUUGAACUCAAAAUAAAUGUGACACCAAGUUGUUCAGAA